CACGGUGUAGUUCUCGAACCGCUCGAUCAUGGACGCAAGUGCAUUUAUUGACAGUAAUUUAAGAGUGUAAUAAACAAACCUUUUACUGACAAUUAUGGCAAGAUAUUCUAGUGAAUCAGACUCAGAUCACAAUAGUAGAUAUCGUCGUAGACGUAGUAGAAGAUCUCGAUCCUCUAGUUCAGAUUCUAGUGAUUCGUCCUCUCACAGACGUAGAUCCUCCAAACAUAUAAAAACAAAGCGCAGAUAUCGCUCGCGUUCUAGAAGCAGAGAAAGAGACAGAGAUCGUAAUCAGAAAGCGUACAAAAGAUCUAGAAACAGUAGUUCUAAAGGAGGAGAAAGAUAUAGGUAUCGUUCUAGAUCAAGGUCUUCGGAUCGUUCAAAAAGAAAAACCAGAUCCAUUUCAAGAGAAAAGUCUGGGAGUCGUUCGAGCAGUUCACAAUCUAAUGUUAAAGCUACCAUAUUCGAAAAGUCCAAAAAUAUUCUAAUUAAAGAUGAUUUUCCUAUUGAACCACGUUUCAAAGAAGGUGUGUUAGACGAAAUCAAUUCUGAAGGUUUCACACCCAAACAGUUUUCAUCGUCUAAUACAAAAGAAAAGAAAUUCAAAAAUAUUGUGAUAGAUAUAAGUGCAGAUACUAUACAAGUUCCGACAGUGGCUGAAAUUCCGUCUGGAUCUGAAAGUAUCUUCCAUUCAUCGAUAAUGAUCGAUCACGAGGUAAGAUUUGAUAAGUGGGUAAAAAAAUUAUAUACCCUUAGGCAAAAGGCUUUAGCUGAUUUAAUGCAUUCUAGUGUUACUUGAUAAAUGAAUGUGUAAAUUAGUAACACUGAUAUUAUUGCCAAAUAAAUAUUGUUAAAACCUG